AUUCUUCUUAUUCUCAAUUCUAAAUGACCCAUUCUAGGUUUCUUGAUAUUCUGUUAGCACUGAACCUGCAGGGUGCUGGCUAUAUGGCUGACAUUGCUGAUGCACUGGCUUUUAAGCUUCAGUCAAAGAUAUGCUACCAUAGGGAUGCCAAUAUUGACUACCUAGAAAUCAAAGGUAUGGUUGAUAAACUCACAGAAGAGAACAAGAAGUUCCGGGAUGAAAAAAUGGAAUAUCUGGAUAUGAUUAAUAUGGUCACAGAAGAAAAGGAGAAUUUGCAGCAUGAUUAUGAUGUAAUCAAGGAGCAGGUGGCAUCAAUGGAGGAGCAGCUUGAAACCGUGAAGAAGGAGCUUGCGGCGGCGAACCAUGAGCUUGUGGCGGCGAAAGAGCAACUUGUGGCAGAAAAACAUGAACAUGUGGCGGCGAAUGAGGAGCUUACGGCGGCCAAGGAGCAACUUGUGGUGGCGAAACAUGAAAGUUCUGCGGCAAAAAAUGAACAUGUGGUUGCGAAGGAGGAGCUUGUGAUGGCAAAAGAACAACUUGCUCGGAAGACCAAAGAGCUGGAGGUUUUAAGGAAGAAACUUCAGGAGAGUUAUUAUGAUGUAGUGAAGAAACAUUUGGCAAUGGAGGAGCAGCUUGAAUAUGUAAAGAAGCGCCUUGUGGCGGCCAAAGAGCAACUUGUGGCGGCGAAACAUGAAAAUAUUGCGGAAAAACACAAGAAUGCGGUGGCAAAGGAGAAGCUUGUGGUGGCCAAAGAGAAACUUGCUCAAAAGAAGCAAGAUCUGGAAGAUCUAAGGAAGAAGGUUAAGGAGAGUGAAGCCAUGCAGACUCUUCGUCAGCAACAGAGAGGAAAUGCUCCUGGUCCUGAGCCUGUACAUUUCAGAAGGGUAACAAGAUCAUCUUAUAAACGAGAAAUGCUGCUCCAAGGACCAUUGGCAAAUGCUGCUGACAGAAAUCGCCCAAAGAAACGUCAACACGGAGCAAUGCAUGCUGACAGUCUGACACGUGAAGGAUCUGACAGUAGCAAGGAAGGAAGUGACAGUAGCAACUAGAGUAGCAAGUAGGGAAGUUACUAUCUCAGCAAGCUCACUCCAUUUCAGGCACUUUUUGGAACCGCUGUGUAAAAAUAUGUUCACACUUUGAUUCGCACAUCUUACAAGAACUCUGAUGCAUGAGAAUAAUAUUACUUUGAUACUACAUUCAUUUAACUCUUCUUUAUCGAUUAACCGGUGGCCGCCUAGCUUAUCUAUCUGUAUGAUGCUUGAGAAUGAAGUAAAUUAGCUUUGUUUGUUUAUUUGCAAGUAGUGGUAUGCCGUUCUCAUGUUACAUUGCAGAUUCUGAUGCCUGAUGGGACCUGUUCUUUUGGUUGUCUAUAGACUGGUUUACUGCUAUAGCUUCAGACUCCAGUAGGCUCAGAUUGUACUGUUAGUGGCACG